AAUGAUUUGAACGGAUGUUCACAAGCAUUGGAAGUGAACAGUGAUUUGCCAAAGAAUGUGGCCCUAAAUGACGACACUUUACUCAAUAGCAUAAAGUUUGUGUCAUUAGAAGACAAUGAAAAUAACGAGAACAUGGAUUUGACAGAAACGGAACAGAUAUUAAUGUUAUCUUAUAUAAGAUGUUAUCAACGAAUUGGUUCGCCUUCUGAUGAGCUCUUAAGCGAACAAUUGGACUCUUAUUUAGCAUUUUUGAUCUCAAAGUCGAGAAUUUGGUCCGUUUUGACGAAUUGUCUUCUUAUGAGAAGUUUACUCGAAAAGGAUAAGAGAAGACGAGUCGAGCGUUCAAUGUCUCAAAUCAAUGAAUUGGUUGAUUGCGUUCGAGAAUCACAUCUAAAUUCGGUUCAAACCAUUCAAAGAUCACAACAUUUCUAUUCAGUCCUUCCGAAUCCCUUUUGGAUAACAGAGAGAUAUUUGGCUAAUGUUUUGGUAUCUCUUGGAGUCAACAAAUCGGCGUUAGAUAUAUAUAUGAGACUCAAUUUAUGGGAUGAUGUCAUCGAUUGUUACCAAAGAAUCGGUCGACGAGACAAAGCGGAGGCUAUAAUAAGGGAUCAAUUGAAGGAUAAAGAGACACCACUUCUAUAUUGCCUUUUAGGCGACACAACCGAUGACUUAGAAUAUUACGAAAAGGCGUUGCAGUUGUCGGACCGCAAGUUUCCCAGAGCUCACAAGGCUUUAGGGAAUCAUUAUUUUAAUUUAAAACAAUAUUCCGAAUCCAUUCCUCAUUUCCAACAAUCUGUUGCUUUCAAUUCAAUGCAAAUCGAUGUCUGGUUUCGGUUGGCAUUCGCAGCCAUGUCUACCGAAGACUAC